AUGGCUUCGGAAGACAACCCGUCUUGUCAGACUAGCUCUGGGGAGGAGCCUCAUCAACAACUGAAUCCCACGCGCAUUUCGUUCACUUCUUGCAACCUUCGUAUGGGUGACCCUAGGGCCUUGAAUCAAGUAGUCUCCGCGGCACCGACAAGCGGAUCUACACUACCUCACCACACCAACCUACCUACAACUCGACGUCAUAGCUUAACGAUUGGCGAUCGCGUUGCCGCUACAUUACUGGAGACCAGUAUCGACACGAGACAUCUUAAGACCAUCGAAACGCGACCAAGGUCGGCCACUUGCCUUGCGACGACAUCUAAGCCGAUGCAUCCUACCAAAGUACAACGAUGGGUCGGCCUGACCCGUACUGUGAGCGACUGGGAUCAUGGACUACGCAGAGACCCUGAGUUGUGGUAUGAAGGAGGAGAUUGUUUCGUCCACCUACACGCAAAAGGGGCCUCGCGUCGUGGGCCGUCCUUUUGCGUUCCCUUCAGACUGUUACGGCAGAAGAAGUGUGACGCCAUGUUGAGUUUAUGCGACGCCCAAAUCGCACCUGCGCCAGGAUCUGCCUCCGAGCGAUUGAGGCGAAUGCCCAGCUCCCUCAACAGCACCAGUCGGGAAUCAAACGUCGUUGAGCUUUUCAUCCCUGCUUCAGAAGAUUCAUCUCAGGACUCUUUCAGGCAACACAUUACAACUCGCAACUUCUUUGCGUUCCUGCUAGGUAAACCACUGGUCGGCGAUCAUAUGGGCCAAGCAUUUGUAGACCUCCAAGAACGGCUGCAGCACUUCCGACCAAGCCAUGCGAACAACCAUCAAGACUUUCUCGACUACGCAGAAAACCAAGGGUACCGAGAUCUGGUAGAGUGCACGGACUAUGCCCUUGCAAGUCUCUUCUAUGCAGAACACUAUAAGCUUAGAGAUACCUGGGUUGAUGCUUUCGCCCACUGUGUUGGUAUGAGUGAAAGCCUUGUCCUCAGCCCGGAAUAUGUGCUGACUUCGAAGCUUACGAAAGCAUUGAUUACCCGAGCUCAUCUCGAAGUCGACGGGCACCUCGGCCGCGUAUCUAUCGCACUGAGCAGGUUCCUGCAAGAGGACCUCUCGCCAACUUAUCUUGGGCUGACGGAUGGCGCCAGAAGCCACCUUGAUCGCUUUCGCCGUUUCCUACAUACCUUUUACGUCGGGAAGUUUGGAUAUUGGCCACCACCACGGGGCGCUACCUUUCCUAAAGCGCUUUACAAGUCAAUGUAUUACGAUUUUCAGAAUCUUUACGACUACCUCGUAGACACCGAGUCGACCGCCGAUUUUUCAUCUCAAAGACCUGCUAGCGGCGGCAUCUGCGUCUUACAGAAUGUUAUGACCUUCGACCAACGACAUGGAUUCAAGUCCCAGCCCCAUCCUUUACCUCUCCUACCAGUAUAUGCAUCGUCGCCGAAGAGAACGAACUCUCAGAAAACAAGUUCGCAGAAAGCUCUGAGGCAGCUCAUCCUGGCAUCGCAACACAACAAGUCACAUCUACAAGAUACCAUGCAUGGUGCUUUGGCAGCGGCAACCAAUACCUUGGAUUCGAGCGCGAUGGAAUCGAGCAUUGUACAAGCCUAUGUCCACUUCGAGAAGGCACACGCUAUCAACGCUAGUCAACGUGAGGGGAAGAUAUCAUCGACAGAUGCGCGUAAAGUAAGAUGGCUUGUAAUCUACGGGACACUGCAAUAUCUGGUGUCCGCUCUUCGCGCACCGAAAGAGGUUCGCGAUUCGGACAGCCCAGAAUACGCUCUGUGUUACGUCGCGGAGCCCAUCGCUUCAACUACCAACAGCGGUGCUACGACACCUUUGGCCACACCUUCGGUCAAUGUACCGUUGGCGAUCGACGACUAUCUUGCGGAAUCUCAAAGCAGCCCUUACUCGAUAGAGCCCGACUGCCAAAGGGAGGAUUAUUUCACGCCGCGAAAUCUAAGUCGGCGUGGAUCCAUGGAAGUCGCACCGCUUAAGAUAUCUCAACCCCUUCGCUCGUCUUCGGUUCGCUCGUUCGCACGUCGAUCAUUAUCAGCUCGAGGUUCGCGAAGGAAUAGUCUCUCGACACCCAUACGAAGAUCUGUUGGCAUGAGUCAAGAAUUUAGCGAUCGAUCGAAAGACACAGCGUCAGUUUCGCAAGCCAGUUCUCGUCAGGUGUCGUCCACUUACUCGGAAUCUGUUUACUCAGAGCACUCGACGACACCCACAGCCGACAGCGGAGCUAAUCCCGAAACCUCAUGGCUCAGAUCGCCGUCGCCUUCUGCUUCCCGUAGCAGACAGACCUCUACAGGUAGCACGGCCACACGCCCCCGUACGCCCCUACUUGAUUCCGUACAGCUUGAGCGUGCUACGUUUCCAACUUUCUCAAAAGCCACCGGGGAGCCACCCAGCCGAUCAGAUAGUACAAGCUCUACAGCAAGCUCACUGUGGAGUGAAGGUGCCGCAAGUGCCGCCUCGUCUAAGUCGAGUACAUCGGGAGAAGGCCCUGUUCACAAGGUUAGCCCCGCAGAAGAGAGUGGGCUUCUAGGCGGGCUUGUGUCUUUUGAGACACCCAGAGCCACGGCACCAACCCUGCCACAAAGCGAAAUACACCCCUUACUACGACAACACUCUCCACAAACCGACUUUGAGUUUGGCUUCGGAAAAACAGAGCCAGAAGUCACUUACGAUGUCCAUGAACAUUCUAAUGGCAAUAUGAUGAUUGGCAUGGCUGUUUCUACUCCAUCAGUGCCGGCCAGAAGAUCUAGCUUGAAGCUCUUCCCAGAUACGCAGCAUGCUGUCGCCACUGAACAGGCACGUUCUCUCAUUGCUGAGAGGAGGCCUUCUCUUCCUCGAAGCAUUUCUACUCCAUCAACCCUGGACACUUCGUCUAAGCAAGGCUCAGCAACUCCAUUGUCUACAACCACGACUCCAAGUGGCUACUGGGAACAGUAUAAAGCCACUCUCACACAACAAAGAGCGCGAUCAAAGACCGUGUCCUCCAACGGAUCUACUCCAUCUUCUAUUGUGAAGAUGCCUACAGUGCUCAAGGCAUCCUUUUCGCGCAUCGGUCCUCGUAACGACGAAGAUCGUGGCGUUAAGAGAGAGCGCAGGCUUUCCACUCUAUGGCGACACUGA